AUGAAAAUAGUUAGAAUAAAUUCUGUUGAUGAAUUGGGCGAGCUGAAUGACUUCAGACUUCCUGGAUUGGAUGGAGAUCCGUCGAUUGAAACAUACACGAGUAUAGAACGCCGUCAUACUUCUCCGUUAUCUCACGCUACAUCAAAACCAAAUCAUUCCAAUUCAACACAUCCAUUCAACGAAGAUGGUUAUUUUUUGCUUUGNCGAAAAUAUGACUAUCCGGUAUUUCACGGACCGCGCAGCCAUGCAGCUGCAGUGAACGUACCGGAAGCAGUCUAUCAGAGUGCAUCACAGAUCUAUACUGUUGGGAGUGAAGAUCCUUAUAGCUCAAUAACAAGUGGGGGCGGUGCAGAGACGAAUUAUCCCAGUUACGCGCAUGUGAAAGAUAGUAUUGCCAAUCCAAGAUCCUCGAAAGCCGUCGAUAAUUCUGAUUCAAAACCUUCAACGAGUGAAAAUAUUGAUGAUUUAUACACGAAGAUUCAACGUCCGUCACCAUCCUGCACACUAUCGACAAAAGGGCAUGUUCCGAGAGAAGGUGGUGAGCAAUUCAUACCGUUGCCGAGUACAUCGUAUCAACAGUCAGAUGCUAAUCAAGGAUACGUAUCGUGUGGAAGUGAAAAGGCAAGUCGUGAACCGUCGUAUCGUUACAUAACUGUUCGUGAGAGUGUCGAUGUGAUCCGACGACGUCUAAACGAAAGAGAAAUGUUCAGUGGUGCUCAUACCCCUCCAGCUUCAAUCAGUCGGAAUAUGAGUAAUACUUCAGAAUCAAUUGACGGAACUCUACCGAUUCGUGAACAUUAUUAUUCAUCGAUUGGUGGUGGAAGUGAUUACGAAUCGGUAUCAGUCGCAGCUCUAUAUGAACACAUUCCGGAUUUGUCGACUGGAAACAAUGUUCUGAAAAAGAGUGAUGAUGGAACACAAGCAUCCACAUCUUCGUCAGUGCGUUUCCGAUCGACGUCCCGAAAUCGUGGUGAUACAAGUGAAAAAAUUUCGGAUAAUUCAAGUCCAAGCGUGCCUCCAAAACCUCCGACUUCCCCAAUACCUAACCGCAUCAGCAGUGACGCAAUCGAUGUGAAAUGUUUCCGAUAUUCAGACGAUCCAAAAGUGAUUCCUUUCAUCGAGAGCAGUCCGCCGUAUGCAUCAAUACAAUACGACAGUCAUAAUAAAACUGAUUUGAAAGCAAACAAAUCAUCGCCAUCAAAUAACACUUCAACGAAUUCCACUACAAACGUUCUUCAACCAAAAAGUCAUUUAUGUUCAUCCCCUCCAAAUAAUAGUGCUGAUGUUGACAAGAGCAACAGUAAUAAAACAGCCAGCAAAAGCGAUCAAAGUUUUAAGUCAUCAGUUAUAAACACGGACGCAACUGCAUCUAACAAAUUAUCGAACGGUAAUAUACCGGGAACUGGUAAUCGCGAUGAAGAAAAAACAAAUCGGGAAACGAGUCAUUCCAUCAAGCAGUACGGUAACCCGCAACUGACAGCCACGACUCUGAGUGGACAUCCACCGAAUUCGAACCGUACCAUCAUUUCAGCAUCAGAUACUGAUCAUGAAAUAAAUCCGUCAAGAGUGACACGUUUUCUUUCACCUACAGUUAGCAGUCAAAGUUCCGCUGCUCAGCGGAAUUCCCUUCCAGAGUAUCGUCAUUCCCAAAUAUCGCCUCACCACAUCACAAACAGUUGUACAUCUGUACUGCCGUCUGCCCCAUAUAGAACUUCAAAGAGGAGUCCGAUGGAUGCUCAAUCACAUGAAUUCAAUUCGAAAUCGUAUCGAUCUGAGAUUGAAGCUUAUGUCGUGAAGCCGUCAUUGAGUAGCUCGACACCUUUGAUUAAUUCGAGAGGAGUUCAUUCAAGUCAAUUAUCUUAUUAUAAGAAAUAUUGUUUAACCGCUACCUAUCCCGAGAUGUCGAGCAACUGA